AUGUCCAUCAUCUAUCCGCCAUCUCGACAGCCUACAAAUGUGUUGAAUGGUAUCGGCGUCAUGAGCGAUGGUUCAGGCACCAUUAAUCCUGCAGCUUUGAACGCUAGUGGCCUGUUGGCCUCUGGUCUAUCAUGGUUACCCAUUGCGCAUCAAGCGCAGCUCUCCAUCAUCCCAUCGGAGCUUCGAUCGCAGUGCAUUGCUAACUGCGCGUGUGUGACAGGUGGAAUAGCGCAAGCACCCACAGAAACCGGCCCGCGCGGCAUCAAGAGAAGUAGAUCGCCAGAACAAUAUGGCGAAUACCCACAGGCGGACGACGAUGCGCCGCGCAAACGUGGUCGACCCUCGAAGACUCCGAGGACAUCAGGAGACUUUACAUCAGGUCAAGGCCCGUCUCAAGGCCCAGGAGCGACCCCAACUCAGACCUCACCGCCACGGACGACACCCAAGUCUACUAUCAAAGCACUACCAACCGUGCGCGACCACACAAGUGAUGUACUUCAGCCAGAGGGAGACGAAUAUGUGCCGCGCGAACACGAUGAAGCAGGCGAGAAAAAGGUGGAUCAGUUUGGGUAUCUCCAGGGUGGUCGAGAAUAUAAAAUUCGAACGUUCACCCUCCCCGGCAGAGGCCAGAAACUGUUCAUGCUAGCCACGGAAUGUGCACGACAACUUCAGUACCGGGAUUCGUACCUCUUAUUCAACAAGAAUCGAUCGCUCUUCAAGAUCAUCGCUAGCGUCAAGGAGAAGGAGGAACUCGUCCAGCAGGAAAUCUUGCCAUACUCGUACCGAUCGCGGCAGAUAGCCGUUGUUACCGCACGAUCAAUGUUCCGCCAAUUUGGUAGCCGCGUUAUCAAGGAUGGCCGGAGAGUUCGAGAUGAUUAUUGGGAAGCCAAGGCAAUCAAGCAAGGUUUCACCGAGCAAGAUGCUGCUGGAGAAAAGCGACCGGGAGCUGCUAGGGCCCGGGAGGCGGCCGCUCAAGACCAGCUAAGCGCACGCGCAAACGUUGCAGCCAGUUAUGGAGACAUCGUCUACAGCAACGGUCCUGGUUAUGGGGCGGUACAACCACCUCCGCUACAUUCUGGCAUCGCUGCAACCAUGGCUCAGCUGUCAUCUUUCGAUCCCGCCUACGACUCCCGAUACAAAGACAUUGCGCGACCCAGAUACGACAUUACCGGCCCUUCAUAUCAGGAUCUGACACGUUCGAGUUCCGAUGCAGAAUUGUCUAGUCAAGCACAACAUGCGGCUGAUUUCAGCAAGAACAUCAACCAACAAAAUCGUUACCGUCGGAGUCUGGUGGAAGACUACUGGCGAAGGCCUCAUGAACCGCCCGUGUCAACACCUCCGCCAACAGAACCAGAAGUUGCUACCACAAGCCAUCAGUUUUCAUCUCCGCGCUUCUCCUCGAACGAUAUACCUUCCACUCAAGCGAAUACGGCUUCUGUACAAGCUUCGUCUUCGCAAUCGUCCAUGAAUCCACCAUCAUACCCUCAUCAGCCACCUCCGAUCCAAUCUCCAGUCCGCCAACCGAGUCUCCAACAGCCGUUCCCUCGAGACCCCUCCCAAUUUACGCCUUCUCAUCCUCAAUACCAGCGGUCAUCUUCCAAUCUGUCUAUCUCACAAUCCGCCUCGCAGCCUCCACCCCAGCAGCAGCAAGUACCGUUCAGUGGUGGCAACUUCUCUCCGCACGCGAUGAGCCAGCAACAACAGCAACAACAUGCACAGCAGCAGCAGGGCUGGGGCGCUCCACCGCCUCAGCCUCACCAAUCUCCUGCUCUGCACCGCAUGAGUACGCCACAGUUCUCGCCAAAUCUCUCGCAAGGUCAGAUACCGUCGCCUAUGCCUGGCGGCCAACAUCCCAGCGCAUCUCCUCAUCCGCAGCAAAUGCAGCCACCGCAGAUGCCAAUGCUGCAUCAUCAAGGCGGUUCCGGUGGCAUCGCUGGCCAACAGCUCUAUGGGCCUGGAGCAGGGUUGCAGGCGAUGAAUGCUGCACAAUAUGGUGCGAUGGGGAUGGGUCAGCGACAAAUGUAUGGAAUGGGCGGACAGCCUGGUCAGUACAUGCAGCCAAAUCCUCAGCAUGGACAACCCGGCUGGCCGGGUCCACAGAAUCAAGGUCAAGGAGGUGGACAAUGGAAUCAGUUUUAG